AUGUUGUCAAUCAUGUAUGAUAAUGAGCCUAAGCCCUCGAUAGCCAGUAUUCACAAUAAACUUAGUGAUUUUGAAAAUGUAAUACUGAAUGAAAGGAUUCGGCAGAAGCAAGAAGAAGAUGGAAAAUUUCAGGCUAUUCAUGAAAAACUAUCAAGACUAAAUGAGCAACUCAAAUCAGAAACACAAGAACGCUUGAGUUCAAGGCAACAACUUCAGCAAAUAACAGAAAAUACCGCAAAUAACAUGUUAAACGAAUUGCAGAAUAGAUUGAACAAACGCGUUCACACGGUUGCCGAGAAACUAGAGGUUCUUAUAACAAAAUGUGCCUCAUUAGAAUCCUCUGUAAGCGACAUGGAUCAAAAACUAACGAAAUCAUAUGAUAUUCAAAUGAUAGAAAACGAUAUUAAUGAACUUAGCCGCAAUAUUUACACAGAUAUUGCCAUAAAACAAGACAAAGAUUCGUCUCUGACAGACAAACUAUCCUACUUGGAACACUCAAUCAAAUCCAAGGUCCAUGACUACAUGCUUAUCGGAACAGAGGGAACCAAAGACAUCCAAAAUGAACUAGACAAUUUUAAGGAAAUUCUGGAAAAUGAAAGUCAGAUAUUCGAUGAACACGUAGCAGAGGAGCUCGAAAAUAUUAAACAAGCUCUGAAGGUCACAAGCAAGGCGCGGAUGGAAUCUGACAAUAACAUCGUUCAGGUUACUAAAAGUAUGAUUUAUAACACAUUCUCAGGCCAUAGAUCAGAUGAUGUCAAUUCUACCGAAAAGUAA